UGUCCUUUAUGAUCCUGUGCGACUUUGUACUUCCGGGUCGCACGGCUCAGCUCAUCAAGCUAAUGUGAGCUAGCCACCUUGCUGUUAACGUCAUUAGUUUAUCUACGAAAGAACAAAGGCUGCCUUGUCGGGAAACUGGAGUACAACUGCUUAGGUUGUUUAAAGUCUCUGUGGCCACUAUGCAUGGACAAUGAUAAUGACAUCUCAAACAGGGAAUGUGGAUGGGAAACCUUUGCUAAAAGAUAACUGCACUUACAAGUCAUUCCUCGACAACUCCCUGGAGUGGUGAAGCUGUUGCUGUUUCCCCACACUAUCCAUCAUGUCAUUACCAAAGGAAUCAGGAAACCGAGGGAAAGAUCGAGAGAGGGGAGCCCGUCCCAAGGUGAGACAGAGUAGGUCAGAGGAGAGACGAGAUGCAGGUUGUGGACGGAAAGGUGGAAAGGGGAAGAAAAAAGGUCUUGCCUCCCAUGAACCAGCCGCUGAGAGGCCUGUCAGUGAUGGCUUUGAGUAUGGCGAGUUGUUGAGUGAACUGGAGACCAAAGACCAAUCUUCCUCCUCUCCUCUGAGGGAGAGUUGGAGAUGGCAGGGAUUGGAAGUUGCUGCCUCGUUGCUAGGACAAGAACGAGUAACAGCCAGGCCCGGUCUGGGAACAGUUAGCUCUUCUGCAGAGUUACCAGCAGCUGGUGAAGGUGAGGGCAGAGGGUCAAGCAGCAGUCGCACUCUCAGGCAAAAAAUCCAAGAUGCAAUGGGGCAGUGUUUCCCAAUAAAGACACACAGUGCAACGGCACCAGCUCCACCUCCACAGGCUCUUUCAUCAUCAACUGCCUGUGCCUCCUCGAGGCGUAAGAUCCAUCUCAGUGAAUUGAUGUUGGAUGACUGCCCUUUCCCUGUAGGAUCAGAGCUGGCUCAGAAAUGGUAUCUCAUUAAGCAACACACGGCCCCCAUUACCCAGCCUCCCCUGCUGGAUUCUGCAGUAGUGUGCAGUGCCCCAACUUCAGCAAUGGCUACUGUGGUGGAGGACGUGGAUGACAGGCUACGAGAGCGCAGGCGCAUCAGCAUUGAACAAGGCGUUGAGCCGCCACCCAAUGCAGAGAUCCACACAUUCGAGGUGACAGCCCAAAUUAAUCCUCUCUACAAGCAUGGCCCUAAGCUAGCGCAUGGUAUGAAUGAAUUAUCCGGGCCUGACAGAGCCUCUGUUCAUCAGCAACAGCAGCUUCUUCUCCAAAGCCAGCAGCAACACCAACUCCUACUUCAGAACUGCUUGGACACUCUGGAUGAGGUGGUGGCUUCAGCGUCAGCCUCUGUCCACUCCUGUGACACUGUCUCCGACCCUUUGGUUGAUCCGGAGGUGACAGCGACCAACGUGACCUCUAGAGCCAUACUUCCUCAGACAGAGCAUCACAAAUCUCACGAUGGCUACCGCAUUCACACUCAGAUUGAUUACAUUCACUGUUUAGUUCCAGACCUGCUGCAGAUCACCAACCUCCCGUGUUACUGGGGGGUUAUGGACCGCUACGAGGCAGAGACGCUGCUGGAGGGAAAGCCCGAAGGAACCUUCCUCCUGCGCGACUCUGCUCAGGAAGACUACCUCUUCUCUGUUAGCUUCCGCCGCUAUGGCCGCUCGCUACAUGCACGCAUUGAACAGUGGAACCACAAUUUUAGCUUUGAUGUCCACGACCCCAGUGUUUUUCAUGCUCCCACAGUUACAGGGUUGCUCGAGCACUAUAAGGACCCCAACUCCUGCAUGUUCUUCGAGCCUCUUCUGUCCAACCCCAUCCAUCGCACACAACCCUUCAGCCUACAGCACAUCUGCCGAGCGGUCAUAAGCAGCUGCACCACCUAUGAUGGCAUUAACAUGCUUCCCAUUCCAAAUGCUUUAAAAAAGCACCUAAAAGAAUACCACUAUAAGCAGAGAGUACGUGUACGGCGAAUGGAUACCUGGUGGGAAUGAAGGACAACACAAAAUGACUACAAGAAACUACCAAAUACAUUUUUAAUGCAAGUCUCUGACUGGACAGAACAAUGGGUCUUGUUCUUAACUCUAUUGGCUGUAUUAACCUACACUACACUGUAUGUAUUUAUUUUAUUCCUGCUGUACAUGUCUUAACAAUUUUACUAAACUACACUGACAAGGCAAUAUGUAAUCUCACUGAUCUUGCACAGAAUUCUUUAUGCUCAAAUAAACAAAGUUAUUUAAA